CCACGCGCCCCCCAGCAAAGGCUCCCGGGAGCAAGCAGAGAGCAGCCGCGCACUGGGCAGAGCGGGUCACGUGCCUCCCGCUAAAGCGAACGGCGGCUCUUCUGCGGUUGGCACAGAGCCCAAAACGAGGUGUGGCUGUAAAGGCGGUGGCUGCUGCUGCUGCCUGUGGUAGUCGUCGACGCCGCCGCCGCCGCCAUCAUGUGCUCGGUGCUGCCCAGCCCAGGCAAUUCCCUCACGCUGCGCGUCUCCUUCGUGGAGAUCCACCCGGAGGCUCCCCUGGUGAGGCUGUGGGGGUUGUCCGGGGAGCGGCGGGAGGAGUACCGGCGGCUGACCGAGGAGGUCCAGCUGAAGGCUGGGCCCCGCUUAGCGGGCGGCCCCGGCCGAGAGGGAGGCCGAGGCGGCGAUGCGCUGGCGCUGGGCGAGCUGUGCCUGGUGGAGCUGGGCGGGCGCUGGCAGCGCUGCCGCGUGGUGAGCCUCCAGGCGGGGCCCGGCCAAGCCUACCGCGUCUUCCUGCUGGACGAGGGCCGCACGGUCAGCGCCGGGCCCUACUACCUGGCGCGCGGCCCCGACGAGCUCUUCCACCUGCCCUCCGAGGUCCUGGGCUGCAUCCUGGCUGACCUGGUCCCGCCCGGGCGGAUCGGGCCCACCUUGACUGCCGCCUCGGGGGAACCGAAGGUCUUGGCCUCGCUGGGCUCCGGGGUGCUGAGCUUCAGCUGGACGGCGGGCGCGGUGGAGUUCCUGGGCUACCUGCACGGCAAGGAGGUCUCCGGCCUCGUCCGGGAAGUGCUGAUCCCGCAGCGCCUGGUCGUGUUGGAGCUGCCCUGGCUCCUGGCGCAAAUGCACCACCUGGGGCUCGCCAGCCAGAUCUCCCCCGGCGCCUUCCGCACGCUGCUCGGCAGCUCCCUCAAUUGCACUGACGAUGUCGUCGUCCCCCCGCCAGAGCGGCCUUCCUCCCCGCCUCAGACCGCCGCCACCGUCGCAACUCGAAGCCCGCCAGUUUCUGGCCCCUUGGAUUACUUCUAUCCUCGGCUGGAGUUAGAUGUGACCGAGCCCGUGUUGGUGACUCAGAUCUCGGAUCCUCACCGAGUGUACUGCCAACUGCGCAGCCUUUCCAAAGAGAUCCAGCGACUCUCGGGUGCCAUGUACCAAGCUUUUGAGGCAACCAAAGGAAAAGACCUCCAAGAGGCUUUGCCCACCUCAGGUUCCCCCUGUGCUGCCCGCGGCAUAGAUGGAUGCUGGUACCGAGCUUUACUGCUGGAGGUAUACCCUGGGGUUGGUCCAGAGGAGCAGCCAGGGGCAGUGGCCCAAGUGAUUUGUGUAGACUAUGGCAGGAAGGAGUUUGUGACCAAGAGAAACCUGCACCGCUUGCCAGCUGAGUGUUUCCGCAUGCCGGUGGUAACCUACCCUUGCUCACUGCAGGGUAUCACAGAUGGGGGCUGUGGCUGGGCUCGCUCACAAAUCAGUGAACUUAAAACAUUGCUGUUGGGCAAGGUGGUGCAAGCACGCAUUGAAGCUUAUUGUCCCUUUGAGCACCUCUAUUAUGUGACCCUCUAUGGGGAAGAUGGCCUCAACCUUAACUGUUUAUAUGGGGUACAGGCUCAGUGCCUGGCCCAGAGCCUCUUGUAUAGCAAUCGAGGUGUGGAAACACUGGAUGCCCCUGCUGAAAAAGAGCUGGGCUCUCUGUUGGGAACACAGCCUGCAGUGGCUGUUGCCUCACUGCCUGGUGUGCAUCUGAAGGCAGGUGAGUUCCACAAUGCCCAGAUAUCCUUCCUCCAAGACCCCACAGAGUUCUGGGUGCACCUCCAGGAGCAUUAUCAGCCCCUCAGUCAUCUGAAACAGAACUUGCAUGACUUCUACUCUCAGAGUAAGAAACUGGAGGGUAUUCUGCUUGCACCCCAGCCAGGAUCACUGUGUUGUGUCAUGUUGAAAGAGAACUUUUACCACCGUGCCCUGGUCACCAAGGUGCAGGGGAAGGGCAUUGAGGUGUAUCUGGUGGACAGGGGAAGCACAGAAAUAGUGGAUUUGUAUAAGGUAAAGGAGCUCCUUCCCCAGUUCAGAGAACUUCCUGCUGUCGCUCUCAAGUGUGCAUUGGCCAAUCCUUCUUCCCAGAGUCAGUCAUGGAGCCCAGAUGCUGUAGGCUACUUCAGGGAAGCAGUGUUAAACAAGGAGCUUGUGAUCCAGGCCCUAGGCAUGCAAGGGGACAUCUACAUUGUUGAACUUUUUGAUUAUUCCUUGGCAGGAGAAAAAAAUUUGGGCAAAAUAAUGUCCCAGGGGAAUUAUCCUGAGCAAUAUAAGGAUAAGGCACUAAAGCCCCUCCAGAAAGUAAAUGAUGAGCCUUUGGAGGUGAGUCCUGAAGAACAAGUUGCAGAAGAGAAUUCUAGAGCUACCCAAAACCUUUCACUCUGCCCAAUGCAAAAUGGUUCUGAAAUAAAGCCAGGAUUUUCUUGUGAAGAGCAGCUGGAUGUUGGAAGUACAGUAGAUGUGGUAGUAUCCUAUACAGAAAAUCCUGGUCUUUUCUGGUGUCAAUUAGCUAAGAAGGCUCAUGAACUAAAAGCACUUAUGGCUGAAAUUCAGGAUUAUUGUAAACAUUCAGCACAGCCUCAUGACUGGCCAAACCCUGUAUGUUUGGCUAAGUACUCGGAGGAUGAGAAGUGGUAUAGAGCUCUUAUUGUUUCUGCAGUGCGACAUACAGAAGAGGUAGAUGUUGUAUAUGUUGACUAUGGGAAUAAAGAGCUUGUUUCGCUGAAGAAUCUUCGUGCAACUAAAUCAGACUUUCUGAAGUUGAAAGCUCAAGCUUUCAGAUGUAGCCUUUACAAUCUAAUUCAGCCAAAUGGUGAGGAUCCUUUGGUUUGGGAUGAGAAAUCCACUGAAGCUUUUCAGGAAUUUAUGGAUUUGGCAAGCAAACAAGAAUUGAAAUGUACCAUAUUUGCCUUAGCAGCAUUGAACAAUACAGAUUUCGUUAAUAUUGUGGAUCUUAUUACACCCUUUGAAAGUGUUUGCUGUUCUCUAACAAGGCAGGGUUUAGCCAGAUGUGUACAGCCAGAAAAACCCCUGGCAUCAUCUGUUCAUCUUCGCUCAUUCUAUUAUUCAACACAUGAUCUCAAAAUAGGAAGUGAAGAGGUGGUUUAUGUUACACAUGUCAAGGAUCUCUCUCUCUUUUACUGCCAACUUGCCAGAAGUGCAAAUGUUCUUAGACAAUUGACUAGUAGUAUUAGUAAACUUGGCAAAGUACGGCACAGUUUGCAAGCCUCACAAGCAGCUGGACAUUUAUAUCUUGCAAAGUAUACCGAUGGCUACUGGUAUAGGGCAAUAGGUAUUUCAGCAAAAGCUAUCAAAGAAAUCUUCUUUGUGGACUUUGGAAAUACACAGUUGCUAAGGAACGAAGACCUGGUUGUAAUACCACAUGAUGCCUAUGAAAUACUGCUUUUGCCAAUGCAAGCCAUAAAAUGUUCUCUUGCUGAUGUUGCUGAUGUGACAAAAGAUGCUGUUACGUGGUUUGAAAAGGUGGUAUUAGAUAAACCCUUAAAGGCUUCAGUUGUAGCAAAAGAACCUGAUGGAAAAUUGAUAGUUGAACUAUAUGAUGGUAAAAUGAAGAUCAAUGCAAUGCUGAAAGAGAGUUUAGGUUUGCAGCACAGCAGAAGGGUGGCCAGAUAUGCAGAAAAAGGAGCCUCAGUUCCUAGAUAUUCAUACAGCAGGGAAGCAAGUACUGAGACUAGAAAGCCACCCUUGAAAGACCAUGUGAAACCUGCUGCUGAGUUCAAGAGAUUGCAGACUGAAAAUCUAGAAACACCCAACUGUAGCAAACCCAGUACUGUGUGCAGAGAUGCAAGACCAUUUCAACAGAAAGCCGGUGAGAUAGGCGCAAAGUGUUCUGGAACAGUGGAAAGAUGCAGCAGAAAUGACCCUAUAGUAGAUAGGAAGGGCAGGGAUUAUGCACUCUUUACAAAGAGAGAAGAGAGGUCUGAUAACUUGAAAAACAGAGAUCAGAGUGAAAUUAAUACAUGCUCUUCACUUAAAAAAAUUUGUGAUCUGCCUCAAAAAAACAUAAGCCCCGGUCUUAAAGCUUUGGUUUAUGCUUCUCAUAUAAAUAAUCCUUCUGACUUUUACGUUCAACUUGUAGAAGACGAGCCUCUGCUUGACCGCAUUUCAGAGAAACUAAACAAUUCUAAAAAAAUGGAGAGCCUAAAUGGGCAGCAGCUUCACAUAGGAGACUUAAUAUGUGCAGUAUUUUCAGAAGAUGGCUUGUGGUAUCGAGCGGUAAUCAAAGAAAAGCCCUCUGGUGAAUCGGUGAGUGUACAGUAUAUUGAUUAUGGCAAUAGCGCAGUAGUUGAUACCUGCAAAACAUGUAGACUUGCAGAAGACUGUUUAUCAUGGCCAGUGAUGAGCAUUCACUGCUCACUAGAUGGAAUCAAGACGACAGAACUCCCAGACUGGGCACCGGAGACAGUGCAGUAUUUUUCUCAGAGGAUAAAUGAGAUUCAGAUGAACAGUGAAUUUGUGGGGAAACUUAAAAACAAAUGGGAAAUUGUGCUGUACGACCAAGAAGGCAAUGUGAUUGUGGAUUUGCUUAACAGUGACCUUGCAGAUCAAACUUCGUUGGGGACAUCUGAUGAAAAAGAGAGUGUGGGUGACCUGAUAAAUCUGUAUGAAGCUGCUGCUCCUGUUGAGCAUAGCAUAUCUACAGAUAUGCCAGAUUCUAAAAGCUUCCUCUGGAAGAUACCUGAGGUAGGUCAGGCUGUAAAAACCUUUUCAGUAGUUGCAAAGAGUCCAGGAUGUUUCUGGUGUCGAUUUGCUGACACAGCCGCUAUUUCUUCAAUUGAAAAGAAGCUUCAGGAAGUUGGAGAGCUUGCAGAAACAAGUGUAGAUGAUAUUAAAAGUGGCUGCCCUUGUUUAGCAAGGCAUAGCAGAGAUAAAAAGUUUUACCGAGCAGUAGUUAGCUGUGUAGAGGGCAAUGCCUUGAGAGUCGUUCAUAUUGACUAUGGGACUGAGGAGCUUGUCAGCAAAGAGAUGAUCAGGCAAAUUUCUGAUGAGCUCUUAACAAUACCCCCUCAAGCAUUUCUGUGUUGUCUCUUUGGCUUUCAUCCUGCUGAAGGGAUAUGGACUGAAGGAACAAAUAAGAUCUUCUCUGAUGUGCUGGUGGAUUCUCUGUUGGACGUUACUGUCGUGGAAAAACAAAAUGAUGGACUUAGGGGAAUUCCCCUAUUUGUUGUUAAGUUGGAAUGUCAAAAGAAAAGCAUCUGUGAGCAAGUGAAGUCCUUUUGGAAACUUGAGACUGAAGCCAGUGGACCAACUUUGGCAAAUGUUGACAACCCUGAAGGACAAAAGGAAGAUGUAGAUGAGGAUUCUGAGGCUGUUCUGUUUGAAGCGGAAGAAUCUGUUGGCAUUCCUGUGGCUGCAAAAAAUACUGCUGUUUCAGAAGACUUAUGUUCAGAGCUAUCCCAACCCAUGGGUAAGAGUUUACUUGCGGCAGGAAGCAGAGUUUCAUUGGAAAUGCAUCCUUUCAUUUCAUCUGAAUAUCAAGCCAGGCACCAGCAGGACACCUUCGAAGCACUUGAUACAGGGCACCCACAAACCAUGCUGGAAACACUGAAUAAUGAAAUGGUCUACUCUGUAUCUGAAGAAGAAAGGGAUGUACCAAAUUCUAUAGAUGUUUGUAAAUUGCACCUUCCUUCUGAGAUGUUAGAACAGGAUCCUUUCAAAAUUCUGGACAAGAUUGAACGCCAAACAGAACUGUUGAUUCAGAAUACACUCAAAGCACAGCUGUCUUUGGGUGAUGAAAAGGGCUUGUCAAACCUGGUGCCCUUCGAAGUGCCUUCUUCCUCUGAUGACACCAAGCAGCUGCUGCUAGAACUGGAGAUGUUAAGAACGCACUCAUCAGAAGCCAUGUCGGAAUGCGAGUCAAUUGAAGGGAAUUCUCUUCUAUGUGAAGAAACAAGCAAAGGAUCAGAACUGGGCUUGCUUGAAGUGUCGCUUGCAGAAGAGGAGUUAGUGGUGUGCUCCGAAGUGCAUCCUUUGCAGGCUGAUGACAUGGAGGAUGAGUUCCCACUGGAUCUGCCUACUCUUGCCCCUCCUGCAGAUAAUGAAGACCAGUCAUCCUGUUCAGAAACUGAAUUGAACCAGCAAGACCCUGUGGGCAAUAAAGACAUUGUGGAACAGUGGGGAACAGAAAACAAAACCGACAGUUCUGUAAAAUGGCAGUCUAGGCUGGACAAGAGCUCCGUGGAAGUGCAAAUCAGUCAUCAAGCAUGUGAAGGGCUUGCAGAGAACACCUAUGGGGAUGUUUGUUCGAGAAGCACGCUGCUAGAUGGAGAGGAAGUUGAAACUUCAAGUUCUGGUGCAGCAGAAAGCAAUGCAACCACUUGCAGUUUAAAGGGAUUUGAUAUUGGUUCCAAGUGCAUGGUACGGUCAGGUUUGCAAUGGUACGAGGGUCAGAUUUUAGAAGUAUCUGCUGAAUAUACAAAGGUUUUGAAUCUUUCAAGUGGAGAUGAAGAGAGAGUCAAUCCUAUAAAUGUUUGGAAUGGGAUUCCUGAAAUGGAUUCAGAUCUAACUGAGACUUUACACAGUAAAGAACAUACCUUGUGUCCCAUGCCAGCAGGUGAUUUGGCGAUUGAAGGUUUCCCAAAAGAUGGUGAUAGGGAAGCAAAAGAAGUGGCUUGUAGUUCAGAUGAUGAUUCUGUGUGCUGUGGCGAAAGCAGUGAAAGUGCACCCGAAUGAUAGUCUUCUUGCACAGAAGUUUCCCCUGGUUUUGGUACUGAUGACACAAAUGGGUCCGUCCUGUCCCAGCCAGGAGCAGACUUUGGUGUGGACUAGCACUGGCAUUUGUCUUGAAUGUCUAAGAUUGUUUCACUUUUGCAGCAUGUUUGUGAAACAUGCAUUUUCAUGCAUAUUGAGUGCACUUCAAAUAAAAUAACUCAAAAGAACCAAAUCUGUUGCUGUAUGGAAGGCUUUGUAUGUUGAUGCUUUCAUUUUUUUUGUUCAAUGAAACAAUAAAGCUUGUACUAUAGUGUU